AAUACAUAAAUUGCGAUGCCAACACCCGUAUACGUAUACCUACACAUACAACAAAUAUUUGCCGCUAUUCCGCUCUGCUAUGCUCUGGCGAAACGAUCAACUUAAAAGCCAGUGCCACGAUACUGUACGAAUACGACUACCUAACCUAACCUAGCACUGUUGUUUACGAAACACAAAAUAUCAAACUAAGCAAAUAUUAUAAUAUAAUAUAGAACAUGAAACAACGUUGUUCGGUCUUCAGCUUACGGUGUAUUAGAUUGGAGUAUUGUAUUGUGUAGCUAUAGGUAAACGUGAGAGGUAUUCAACAUCAACUUCAACGCCUCAACGGUUUAUCAAUCGGAAUCACGUUCAGCUGGUCGUACUUCGCGAGCUGUAUACCUACAUAUGUAUAUCGUGUUAAAGCCUUUUCGUUAUUCGUCAGUGUAUUGCGUAGAGUUAGGUAAGAAGGUGCUUAACUAAUGUACCUAUUUAAUUGAUGAUAGCGUCGACGAUAUUCUCAUCGUUGUCAGUGUGAAGAAUUCAAGGCCAUUCAAUUUGAAGUAAAAUUGUAUCAACCUCGUAAAGCCUUAGAAUUCAAAAGCUUUUCAUUUUAAGCUAAAAUCAAAUUCAUUUAAAAGUUUUAAUUUUCAAAGUGAAACACAAUAAACUAUAGGUAUCUACUUAUACCUAAACAAAAUGAGCAAUAAAGUAAAGAUUAAGAAGAGGCGUGAUCGCAACACCUUGACAUUCUAUGAAAAGAUUGCGGUGAUUCGCCAUCAUGAGGCCAAUCAAUUAUCACGGAAUAACCUGGCUCGAAUGUUCCAAUGCUGUACAACACAGAUUAGAAAAAUUAUCGAAAACAAGGAUGAGAUCUUGACUCAGUGGCAAGCAAUGUGCGAGACUAAUUCUGCGGCAGUUGUUGAGGAAAUGUCUAAGAAACGUCGAGAAUUCGAAAUGAAAGCUGUUGGUUUUAUCCUUCACCAAUGGGUUGAAAGAUGUCGGGAACUUCAAUUAAAUAUGGUCAUCAAUGAUGCAACUUUGAAAAUAAUCGCCAUGAAAAUGGCAACAGUUCUCAAUAUAACUGAUUUCAAGCCAACUGCAAGAUGGAUCGAAAGAUUCCGACUUAAGUUCAAGUACAAGAAUGCGAACCUUUCGAAUCCACGCUGCUUGGACGAUCCACCAGGAACACUGAGUGUGGAGGAUAUAAUAAUUGAGUUUAAAAGUUGUCUGCCCAGUUUUAUGCGGCAGGAAAUUUCCAAUAUAACCUCAGUUGAUAUGGAAGAGAGUGUACUGUCUCCAAUCAGAGCCAUUGAUGAACAAACAUCACAACAAAUUGAAAAUGUGGAUGAUAACAAAUUUAACGAUGAUGCUAAGGGACCUGAUGUGGAAAAUAGGCUUCAAGACAGAGAUGACACCGCCGCCGCUAGUUCUCUUGACAACGACGAUGAGUGUUCGAGAAGUACAUCUGAAUUAAUAUCGGCUGAAAAAGUUCUUGAACAUUUGUCACUAAUUCAGCAAUUUUUAAUUACAAAUUCUGAUUAUCAGGCAAUGACUGUUGCUGCACACUUGGAGCAUUAUAUCGAACAGAAAUAUAUCCUUUCGGCUUCAUCACCAUCACCACCAAUACAACAACAACAACAACAACCGACUGAACCAAUUGUAAAUGACGAUGAAGAAGAGUUCGUUAUUUUAGUUGAAUAAAAAUAUAAUUUUAAAUUUUCUUCUUAGUACAAAACAAUGAAAUAUUUGGUUUCCAAAAUAUUUUAGA